CGGGAUAUUACAGUAAUGUGCGGAGGCGAUCGAAUUUCCGAGUGUGUUACGUGUAUAUGUAGAAUAUCUAUUUAUGUUAUACAUAUCGCCAGUUUAAAUAUCAGCGAUCCCCUUUCUCUACAACAUGAAAAAUCUACAACCCUAAGAUCUUCACCUUAUAAGUUAACUACACCAUACUACAUCUUGUAUAGAUUAAAGCGAAAUAAUUUUCAUAAGAGAAGCGAAGGUAAAACAGUAUGCAGCUCCGACAGCAUCUCGUCUCCCUUGGCUUUGCCGCCACUGCCGCCGCACAAGUCUACCAGGGCUUCAACUACGGAGCAACUAAUAACGACGGGUCGUGUCGGGGAUACAAUGACUUCAGGGGCUUCUUCGAACGUGCUAAGGGCUUGCCCGGCACGGGAGGCAAGUUUACCGCAGCGCGUCUUUACACGUCGAUCCAGUGCGGUACGGCGGCGGAUCCCAUCUCGGCAUUUCAAGCUGCCAUCGACACCGAUACGCAUAUACUUGCCGGCCUAUGGGCUAGUGCCGGCCGUGGCGUUUAUGAGAAUGAACUAAACGCCCUUAUUGCCGCUGCUAAUCGGCUAGGCACGGCCUUCACCGACCGCAUCAUUGGCAUUAGCGUCGGCUCUGAGGACUUAUACCGGAGCAGUCCCGAGGGCAAAGCUAAUAAUGCCGGCGUCGGUGCUACCGGCGCAGAGAUAGAAGGGUAUAUCGGCUGGAUGCGAGAUUGGCUGCGCGGUACCCCCUUAGAAGGCAAGCCGAUCGGCCAUGUUGAUACCUGGACGGCUUGGGUUCUACCUGAGAAUGCCGGGGUGAUUUCAUCUGUUGACUUCCUUGGACAUAACUCGUUCCCCUAUUUCGAAACUACUAAGCCGAACGCUAUCGGGCAGGCUGCAGACAACUUCUGGUCUGCCGUCCAGCAGACCGAGGGUGUCGCAAGAGGAAAACCCGUUCUUAUCACCGAAACUGGCUGGCCGAGCUCGGGCCCCCAGCAACGUGACGCCAUCGCUUCGGUCGAGAACGCGAAAACCUAUUACUCGCAAGUCGGCUGUGCGCUUUUCGGACAGCGCACCGCCUUCUGGUACACAUUAGUAGACGCCAACACGGCACAGACAGAUAUUUCAUUUGCUCUUACCCCUAUUGAUAACGCAACGCCUAAAUUUGAUUUGGCUUGUUAGAUCUGAUGGAGGGUUACAUCUAGGUGGCAUUAACAGAGAAUGAGGCUGACUUUAACGGAUAAAGAUCUGCCUUGGGUACCUAACCUAUGUAAGCCUUCUAUCUGAAUGUUGUCACUAUAGUACAUUGAGUAGCUGUAUUCGAUUAUUCUAGUAAUUAGCCAGGAAUUCAAAAAAUGAGUUAAUGAAUCAAAUAUUCUGGUU